CGAGACAACGCAGGAAUUGAAUAAUGGCAAGCGGAAAUGGUUAACCUGCAACCAAAAUGGCCCUAUAAAUACGCGUACGCUGAUCGUUGAUCAUGUCCUGAGACUCAACUUCAGGCAGGUGUUUGGCUAUGGCGGCAGCAGCAGCAGCAUUCGGCAAUAUAAGCUACGCCUAUGGGAUCAAGAAAAUCAGUCGAGAAUACUCUGUCAAGGGACUCCACCCUGAGAGGAAGUAUAAACUGUUGUCUGCUUCACAUGCCGAGCAAAGGCCAUUCAGCGGCUGCCAUUGGACUCAAAGAUGUUACGGCAAGGCGAGCAAACUUAUGUUAAGGUCUAAGCUGGAAAAUGCGUAUAACGGAAAUUUAGUGGAGUGCAGUCCGGUGCAGGCCGUCGCUGCCGUGGAAAAGGAAGCGAAAGCGGAAGAAGGAGGAGAAAUAUCACGAGCAACAUUAAUAUGGAGAGCAUUCAAAUUGCCAAUGUACACUGUUGCUUUCAUUCCUGUGACAGUAGGAAGCGCAGUUGCUUACUGGCAAACAGGACUGUUUUCUGUUGGUCGCUAUUUCGCGCUCUUGGCAUCUUAUAUACUUGUCAUUGCUUGGGUUAACUUAAGCAACGAUGUUUAUGAUUUUGAUACAGGAGCGGACAAGAACAAAAAGGAGUCUAUGGUCAAUCUAUUUGGCAGUCGGACAGCCAUCAAUAUUAUUGCCUGGUUGCUGCUUGUGUUGGGGGUCAUUGGCCUUUCAUUGGUAGCAGUGAAGGCUGGAAAUCCACGUUCGAUGAUGUUUUUAGCUGCUGCAAUGUUUGGCUUCUACCUUUACCAGUGUCCACCUUUUCGUUUGAGCUACCAUGGAGUGGGCGAACCCUUACUCUUUAUCUCAUUCGGCCCAUUUUCGACCAUUCCGUUUUAUUUGCUUCACAGUGUAAAGAGGGAGUUACCUAUAUCUAGCACGGUGAUUUGGGCGUCAGUUCUUGUUGGUUUGACUACAUCUUUAAUCCUCUUCUGCAGUCAUUUUCACCAGAUAGAGGAUGAUAAGGCUGUUGGGAAAAUGUCCCCAUUGGUCAGGCUUGGUACUGAAAAAGGCUCGCUAGUAGUGAAAUGGUCUAUUAUUGGGCUGUACUCACUUCUAUUGGCUUUAGGAUUUACGCAAACUCUUCCUUUUACCAGUGUCCUUCUUUCUGCAUUGACACUACCCAUGGGAAAUUUAGUAGUUAGUUUUGUCCAGAAGAAUCACACGGAUAAAAGAAAAAUCUUCAUGGGAAAGUAUUACUGUGUGAGAUUGCACACUAUUUUUGGAGUCGCUUUGGCUGCCGGGCUCGUGGUGGCUAGAAUGUUCGCUAAACAGCCUCUCCCACAGGCGAUCGGUCUUUAAGCUUCGAUCAGAUGGAGAUUGUGUUGAGACGAGGAAACAUGGAUGUAUAUAUGGGAGGAGAGCGCAUCUGCUUCCCUCAUCUGAUUUCCUCCUUUGUAUGUGAAACUUUUAUGUAUUAUUCUUAAGAUUUACCAGCAUCGAGAUUGACAUUUCAAGUGCGGAGAAAAGGAUUGUAAUCAUCCGUGCACCCAUAAACGCACGCAUAAAUAACAAUUUCAAGAA